UGCCCACCGAAAAGUCAUCGAUGACGACUUCUUGUAGUUUACCAAUAAACAGUGCUUUAUUUUUUAGCUUUUUUGGCAAAUUCAGCCUUAGCAGUUACCCGCCCACAACCACAACGAUGCCCGCCGCUGACCUCCGCAGCCAGUGAGGAUCUCCCGCCAGAGGAUCUCCGCCGAUCUCCAGAUCUCUAGAGGAUUCGUUUGGUUGCUUAGAUGUUUACAUGUUUGGCUGCCGACGCAGUGGGAAAGCCAAUCAGUUAAUUGCCGCGAUUGCGCCCGAAUAGUCAUACUACACAAAGUCAGAUAAGCCGCCGCGGUUCGGGGCUAUAUAAAAAACAACAACGCACAUACCCAUACCGCUCCCGCUCCAGCAGAAGAAGAAGAAGAAGCAGCCACAAACCAAAAGCGGUACAAGCACAUCGAGCGGUUUCGGGGAAAGCGGACCACCGAAAGAUGACUAAUAGCGCCGAGGGUAACGGGAACCGGCGCAACGUCGACUGGCAGAGAUUCGGACUCGGCGGCGAUGAGGAUGGCGAUGUGACGGUGGCCAGCUUCCGCCAGCGGAGCCACAACAACAACACCGGCGGCUUCGUCGAUCUGGGCAAUGAGUACACAUAUGCGGCUGGUGGCCACCAUGCAUCCGGAGCCAAUGAGAUCUUUGCGGGCGAACAGGGCGACAAGCCCUGGUGGCGCUCGAACUUCUUCAUCUCACAGCCCGUGCUCUUUGGCACCUGGGACGGUGUGUUCACCUCCUGCCUGAUUAACGUGUUCGGCGUGAUCGUUUUCCUGCGUUCCGGUUGGAUUGUCGCGGAGGCGGGCAUCCUGAACGCCGUCCUGAUCAUCUUCUGCACCGUGGUCAUCGCUUUGGUCAGUGUGCUGUCGGCAAUUGGCAUUUGCGAGCGUUGCCGCGUGGAAAGCGGCGGCGUUUACUUCCUGAUAGCCCACACAUUGGGCUCCCGCUUCGGCGGCGCCUUGGGGCUGCUCUACUGCUUCGGCCAGGCGGUGGGAUGCGCCCUAAAUGUCAUGGGAUUUGGAGAGUCCAUGGCCGGACUGGUCGGACUCGAGGACAAUAAGUGGGCCAUCAGGGGCUUCGCCACGGCGGCGGUGCUCCUGCUGGGCAGCAUCAAUGUGGCCGGCGUCAAGUGGGUGAUCAAGCUGCAGUUCAUACUGCUAAUGAUACUGCUCAUCUCGGCGCUGGACUUUAUGGUGGGCAGUUUCACCAACGAGCCCACUGGCGGCUUUAAGGGCUGGGCGAGCGGCAACUUUGUGGAGAACCUGUGGCCCAAAUAUGACGACGGCUAUUCGUGGUUUCGCGUCUUUGGCGUCUUCUUUCCCACCGUCACCGGCGUGCUUUCGGGCAUCAACAUGAGCGGCGACCUGCGCGCCCCCUCCACGGACAUUCCCAACGGCACUUUGGCCGCCUUUGGCACCUCCACAUUCCUGUACUUGGUUUUCGUCCUUUUCCUGGGAGCCACCUGCGAGCGCAAGUUCCUGUACACCGACUACAUGAUCUCCGGCAAGGUGGCUGCCGUGAAUUGCCUGCUGGUGGCGGGCAUCUAUGUGUCCAGCAUGUCAUCCUGUUUGGGUGCCAUGUACGGCACACCGCGCGUCCUUCAGAGCAUCGCCAAGGAGAGCGUCAUCCCGGGCAUCGAUAUUCUGGGCAAGGGCCGUGGUCCCAACAAAGUGCCUUUAUACGCCAUGGCCAUCGUGGCCCUGGUCACCGUCACCUUCAUCAUUGUGGGCGACAUCAAUUUCCUGGCCCCCAUCGUCACCAUGCCCUUCCUGCUGACCUACGCCUGCAUUGACUACGCCUACUUUGCUUUGGCGCAGACCUUUGACAUCCAGGAGCAACGCGAGGAGCGCUUCCGCAUCCAGGCCUCGAGUCCCAGCUACGAAACGCGUCGCUACGGCAGUGUUUCGGACACGGGCAACGAUCUGGAUUUGCUCUUUCCCGAUCGGGUGCGCCACAAGAACCUGCAGAGUCCGCAGAACUCACCGCUGCACCAGACAGCUCCGCUGGAGUUCAACACGAAUGCGGAGGGGCCCAGCACCUCCAGCCAGGCGCAGGUGACGUCGCGGAGCCUGGGUGAGAACACACUGGUGGCCGUGGAGCCCACGCCGGGACAGGCUGCCGUCCUGGAGCAGGAUCAGGAGCAGGGCCAAGGCGAUGAGACCGAACCGAUAGCCCCAAUCCGUCCGCCCAUUCACUCCAAGACGAAAAAUUGGUACUCCGGCUACUGCAACCGAUGGGCUUCGCUGCUGGGGGCCUUCACCAAGCUACUGGUCAUGUUGCUGGUUAACUGGUACUACGCCCUCACCUGCUUUUUAGUCGUGUUCGUUGUGUGGUUCUAUGUGGGCACAGCCAAUCCAGCUGUAAAGCCUGGACUCACUGCGGAGUUUAACUUCUUCGCCUGGCUGAAGAGCGUCAUAUUCCGGUGCUUCGGCAAACGGAUGAACGAGUACGAACAGAUCGUGGUGACGCCCUCGUGUCCCGGCGUCGAUCUCUCGCCCACGCAGCUCAACGAGCAGAACGAGGACUUCCGCCCGCGGCCCAACUAUCACCAUUCGUCCGUCAUCGAAGGCCGACUCAUCGAUGAUAUAUAGGAACUGGGUGAAGAUGAUGGGGCGGUCGUGGCUGUGGAAAUUCUCUAAGCAAAGCAAAGCAACCAAACUAAACUACAAACCUUAUACGAUGUACUAUAUGUGUUUUUGUAAGCCAGCAAGGAUCAGUCUUUCCCAAUCUCGGUUUUGGUCUGUUUUUUUGCUUUGUUUUUCAAAACAUUUUAGUGACACGUUGUUGAGUUUUUUUUUGUAUACAAAUUGAGAUCGUUACAGAUUAGAUAAGGAAAUUUCAUUAGGCUAUUUUAUAAGAUUAUGAGGUCUUUCGGUAAUUAUCAACUUUUGCAAAUCAAUUAAUUGUAAAUUAUUCCGUAUUAUUAGAUCAAAAAAAAGUUAUGGAUGUGGAGGCUUUUAUUUUUGGACCACAGCCGCCCCCCGACCACGCCCCUGCCCACACGCACACACCCAUCACUGCACACACAGAGAAAAC